AUGCCCGCCACAGAGUUCCAGCCUUCUAAUUUCCUCACCCGAAUCAGCACCCGCCGCAACCAAAUCACCGCCAUGGACCCCAACCACGAGCUCGAGCUCGAGGACCUGGAGCUCUUCCAGCGCAACGUCUCCGACCGAUUCGCCGACCUCCUCGACCACCCGGGCGACGGCGGCCUCCUCUCCAUCUCCUGGCUCCGCAAGCUCGUCGACGCCUUCCUCUGCUGCGAAGCCGAAUUCAAGGCCGUACUCAUCAUGGGCCGCGAGCCCACCCAGCUCACCAAGCCCCCACUCGACCGCCUCAUGCCGGAGCUCCUCGACCGCGCCGUCAAGGCCCUCGACAUCUGCAACGCCGUCUCCGCCGGCGUCGAGUCCGUCCGCCACUGCCAGCGCCUCGCCGAGAUCACCGUCGCCGCCCUCGAAAAUCAAAAUCCCAUCGGUGACGGCCAGGUCAAGCGCGCGAGGAAGGCACUGGGAGCUCUGGUCGCGUCGCUGGAGGAGAAGGACCACGGCGGGAGCCACUACAAGACCCCCGAGCGGAGCUGGUCGUUCGGCCGGCGGGGAGCGACGGCGGCGGUGAAGGACCGCCCGACGGCGACGUUUCGGUCGCUUUCGAUGAUUGUGGGGAAGAACUGGUCCGCGGCGAAGCAGAUCCACGCGAUGUGGGCCAAUCUCGUCGCGCCGCGUGGCGCGGAGCUGAAUGGGCUGGCUUUGCCGGUGUACAUCAUGAAUGUGGUGAUGGUUUUCGUGAUGUGGGCCCUGGUCGCGGCGGUCCCGUGCCAGGACCGGGUUGGGCUGCCGCUCCAUAUCCAGAUCCCGAGGCAGUUCGCCUGGGCCCAUAGCCUUAAUGGGCUUCAGGAGAAGAUUGGGGAGGAGUGGAAGAAGAAGGAGAAAAAGGGGUCGGCGGGUUUGUUGGAGGAGAUGCAGAAGAUGGAGAAAUUGAGCCAAGGGUUGAUUGAGUUCGCCGACGGGUUUCAGUUUCCGGUGGAGGAGGAAGGGAAAUUGGAGGAAGUGGCGGCGCAGGUGAAGGAGAUGGCGGAGGUUUGCCGGAGGAUGGAUGAAGGGUUGGUGCCGUUGCAGCAGCAGAUUAGGGAUGUGUUUCACCAGGCGGUGAGGAGCCGGUCGGAGAUGAUGGAGUUGUUGGAACACGCCGGCAAGAUUUCUCAGCCCAUGAUGUAG